GAUAGUUCCUCUAGCCGAAUAGUUCCCUUGAACUAGUUUGUUCCGGAACGACACAACUCUACUCUAGGCCAAAAGAAAACUUGUUUACAUCAGGAGAUCACAAAUCGUAAAUUUAAGGAUAUUUGUUAAAUAAGAUGAGCUUGCAACCGGCUAGCACUUCACAGACAGCAACGACAUCACAGGACGCUUGUUAUAUUUCAUUACUGGGCCUGGCGGAAUAUUUUCGCACGUCACAGCCACCGAACAUCAAGAGGUGUAUACAAUGUCUACAAGCUUUGUUUACGUUCAAUCCACCAUCGAAAGUAGAGGCACGCACCCAUCUGCAAAUGGGCCAGAUACUUAUGACGUACACCCAUAACAUCGACAAGGCCCGGGAACACUUGGAAAAGGCGUGGAAAUUGUCCGAGUCAUUAUUAAAUUUUUUAAAUUUUGACGAUGUUAAAUUUGAUACCGCAUCAAUGCUGGCCGAACUGUACAAACAAAUCGAUCAGGUUCCCCUGGCCAAGGCUAUGCUGCGAAAGGCAAUCGAAUUGUCACAAAACAAUGUCUAUUGGCAUUGUAAACUGCUGCUGCAAUUGUCCCAACUACAUGCAAAUGACAAGGAAUACACUCUAGCUUCAGAGCUGCUUGCGGUUGGUGCAGAAUCAGCCGAUGAGUCAAGUGCCACAUAUUUAAAGGUGCUCUUUCUGCUGUCACAGGCAAUGAUCCUAAUGAUAGAACGUAAAACCAACGAUGUACUGGCACUGCUCAAUUCGGCUGGGGCCAUAAUUGACAAUAGUAUUGCGAAUCCACAUCAGAAAGAGUAUUUGAAGGUGUUCUUUUUGGUGCUACAGGUGUGCUAUUAUUUGGCCCUGGGUCAGGUGAAGACGGUAAAGCCCAGUUUAGAGCAAUUACAAAUGUCUAUACAAACAAUAAUGGCGCCAAAUUGGCCUGCAGAUGAAGAAAAACCUUUAGCUAAAUAUAGAACGAUCAGCUAUAAAUUUGCCUCCUGGGUGACCGUAUUCAAAUGUCCUACAAUAUUAAAAAAAAGAAAAAUGUCAGGCCAAACUUUAAAAAGCCUCCAACUCGAGGUAACGAAAACCUUUAAAAAACCCUUAAAAAUAAAUGUAUGGGGAUUCGUGCCUUAAAUACCUUAAAGGGGACGGUACCGAUAUUUGUGGACUGCAUCAAUAUGAGAAACUACAUAUGCAAUUUCCCGUUACAGUGGCACAGACUAACGAACAUAUAGACGAAGGAAAGCGCUCACCGCUUAUCAUCGAAAAAAAUCUGAUCAGCAGAUGUCGUGGGAACAUAGCAUACCGCUUACGGUGCCGACUGCACAUACAUCGAUUAUUCACUAGCCGUCGACUAGAACUGAACUCGACCUACAUAACCCUAAUGUAGAUGCCGUGUAAACCUGCAAAGCACAAGUGGGCGAAAUUACAUCAGGAAACAAAUAACAAAACAUUUUAUAGCGGUUGUUUAAAUAAAUCCAGAGCAGCAUGGAUCUUUUUAAUAAUUGCCGAAUUUGCUUGCAAAGUAUUGGUCACGAACCAAUAAAAAUGACACGGGCAAUCCUGAAAUAUGUGGAACAAGAAUUACAAUUGAAGAAUCUUAUUCGCAAACAAA